GACUUCCUGCCUCCCAUCACAAGCAGAAUAUGUAAAAGUCGGGAUAUGUGACAGUUCUGUUUGUGAAACCCUUUUAGCCACAGAAAAAUAUAAUGCUUUAAAGCCCACAGUGCACUACAUUUUAAAAUUAUAACUCGACUAACUACAAUGGACGCUGUACUUUUCUUUGAAUAGCUAACGUUUUUCGGUUGGUGACGCUUGGAAUAGUUGCAAGCAGCUACUUGCUAGCCUGGUAUUUAAAGGCAAAGUUAGCUGGUUUGCUAACCGCCUUUAUAGCCAGUCUAGCGAGCGUAUCUUCUCUGCUAGCCAAGCUAGGGUAACUGAAUUUCUUAUUUUGCUACAGAAGGUAUUAUCUUUGCAGACUGUAAAGCAUUCUUCUGACAGAAACAAUUAUACAUUUACAAUGGAGGAGGUUGAUAGAAUUUUAAUUCAUUCGCUCAGACAGACUGGAACGGAGAUUGGGGACGAUGUGGACAGUGUUAAGCAGUUCUCCAGUGAGUUGAUUGUGGAGGCAGUGGUGCGGUGCCUGCGGGUGAUUGACCCCCCCCUGGGUAACGGUCUGUCCCCCUCGCUCCCCCCCGGCAUGUCGGCCCGUUUCCGGCUGGGCAUGAGCCUCGCCCAGGCCUGCCAGGACCUUGGUUAUAAAGGGGAGAUUGGAUACCAGACCUUCCUGUACAGCAGUGAGCCGGAAAUCCGCUCCCUGCUCAUGUUCCUGGUGGAGAAACUGCCCAGAGCCAGCGCAGAGGCCUCCGACCAGCCUGCAGGUAAGUCCGCUCUCCUGCAGAAGGCCAUCGCUGCCCAGAUUAGGGCCCAGCUCGCCCUGCCUUGGGUCCCGCCCACCUGCCGGCUGCCCCUCCUCUGCCAGACACAGAGCGCCGGUGUGAGUGCCGGUUUCCGGUCGCAGGCCCUGAGUUUGCCACACGCUAAAGGCCUGGGGAAGCCUCCGGUCAAAGAGGUGGCAGACUAUUGCCGGGAUUUCCUGCCUCCUGUGACUGCCCAGCCUUCCCAGCAUGCCUCAGUGCCCGCCUCCCUGCUGGAGCGCCACGCCCUGGACCUCAGUGCGGCCCAGGAGUGGGAGAACGAGUGGAACAGCCAGGGCUUGCUCACCCGCCUGAGCCCAGAGGCGUAUCGCUCCAGGAAGCGGGCGCGGCUGCAGAAGCGGGUGGAGGAGCAGCUGAGGGCCGCCGCCCAGCCGCGCUCGAACGCCCCGCUCGCCCCGCGCUCCGGGCCCGACCUGGCCGAGCUGCUGCAGUCCAUCGGCGGGGCGGGCGCCGGGGGGAACGUCCUGGCCAAGGGCACGCGCUUCACCCACACCGAGAAGUUCACCUUCACACAGGAGCCCGAGGCCUCCAGCCAGCAGAUGGCGGCGGCGAGCGCCAUGCCCAGCUCUCGGCAGUCGGAGGAGGACCUGCUGGCCCAGCAGCAGGAUGAGAUGCAGGCCCUGCAGCAGCAGCUGCAGCAGCUGUCCGUCCGCAUGGAGGAAGUGGGCGGGGAUAUGAAGCAGCUCUCCGUGUCAAUCACUCAGGUCUCAGAUGAGCUGAAACAGAGGGAGCUCAGUAACAGUGAGAAGGAGUGCAGUGUGAGGGUGAAGAAGCAGACCAUCGACCUCCUGCCCGACGCUGAGAACAACCUGGCCAAGCUACAGACUCUGGUGGAGAGCAGUGCGAAGCGUGUGGUGAGUCUGGCGUCUCAGUGGGAGAAGCACAGGGCCCCACUCAUAGAGGAGCGCCGCCGGCUCAAAGAGCUCUGCAGUAACAGAGAGCUGGAAUCAUCCCGCAAGCUGUCCGAAAUCAAGGACCUUCACGAUAAAAUCCGGCAGUCUGCAGACGAGGCCAAGAAGAAGGAGGGACUCUACAAACAGCUGAUAACGGAGUUUGAGAACCUUCCCAAAGACGUGUCGCGCUCCGCCUACACACAGAGGAUCCUGGAGAUCGUCGGGAACAUACGGAAACAGAAGGAGGAGAUCACAAAGAUUUUGUCGGACACAAAGGAUCUUCAGAAAGAAAUUAACAGCCUUACUGGCAAACUGGACCGCACUUUCGCCGUGACCGAUGAGCUGGUCUUUAAGGACGCUAAGAAAGACGAGUCUGUGCGCAAGUCCUAUAAGUACCUGGCUGCCUUGCAUGAGAACUGCACCCAACUGAUCCAAACCAUCGAAGAUACAGGCACCAUAAUGAGAGAGAUCCGCGAUCUGGAAGAACAGAUUGAGACGGAGAACGGGAAGAAGACGGUCAGUAACCUGGAGAAGAUCCUGGAGGACUACAAGGCCAUUCGGCAGGAAAACUCUGCCCUGGCAACCAAAAUCAGAGAGGCUUGACGUGCGGACGGCGUGACACGGUGCGCCUCCUUGGUGCGUGGAGGUAUAACUGCAGGCAGGGACUCGCUGCUGACCACAAAGCCUGGGAACAAGCUCCACCUCCUGGCCUCGCCCGUCCAAUCACCCGAAGGGGUGGGACCUGCCAUGUAACGCUGUGACUUACGCAUCACUGACUCUGCAGAAAUGCUGGAUCCCUGACCUGCUGGAUCCCUCGCCUCCUGGUGUCUGAGCGUGACGUUUCGAGCUGGUAGCGGGAAAGAAAUGAAGAUGGGUGGAUAUGCAGAAGGAUAGAAAGGACAGCGCUGACAUCACUCCGUGUCUGGAGGUUAAGCCAAAUCUGGCUGAAACUGAUCACGUCUUAUGUUCAGGACAACAGAAAGCAAGGGUGUUCUCUCUGGGAAACGGGGAAUAACACUGACUGAACUUUAAUUUGCUCUGCGAUGCAUUUUCUCCUCUUUGCCUACGCAUUUUGACGGUUGAGGUGAGAUAUUUAGUGGCGAAGGCUGUUCUCUGCUCAGAGUCUCUGUGGUGCAGGCAGGAGGGCCAUGGAGCCCUGCCUUCUGCAUUUCAUUUCAUCAGCAGUUCUGAUUCACAGCGCUGGCUUUGCUGCGCGGUAACGAUUUCUUUUCUUUUUUUUUUGUUUUGUCCUGAAUCAUCCAACUGGUUGAAAUGAAUGCCCGCGUGACACGUGUGCUCCCAGCCAAUCAGCGAAUCACUGGCGAAUGGUUAGCUCCACCCAUUUUGUUGCUGAAAAAGCCUUGCCUGUCCAACCAGCACUCCUUACCUGUCUGUUUACAACCUCUGUGCUGCUUUGAUCUGUCCGUCUCUGUCCCUGCCUGAACUUGUGCCGUUUGAGUUUUAUUGCUUUAUUGGAGCCUUAUCAGAUUUAAUUUCCUUAAUGACCUUAAUGUUGCAGUAAUGAAUGGGCUGAACUGGCCUUCAGGCUUUAGGCCUGUGUCUCCAUGCUCUCCCAGGGGUCCAGUCCGCUCCUGCAGGGUCACACUGAACCCUGAGCGAGAGAGAGAAGGAGAGGGACAGACUGCUGGCAGACUUUUUAAAAGUUCCUCUUGCUUGUUUUUUUGCCAUUGUGUAUCGUAACUGUGACUACCUUGAAUUUAACCGAUCAAAAUGUUUUUACUUUCCAUUGCAAAGCAGUGAUUGGCUGUGAAUAAGCCACUGAUUGCGCUUCACUAAAUCUCACAAUUCUGUUAAUAAAUUGCACCAUUAACUAAUCUUAGUCUUGUUAAUGAGCCAGUCUUCUCUAGUCUCAUAACUCCCUUUAAUUAGCCUUAAUGAGGCUUGGCCUUCUGAGCGUGUUGAUUGGAUUAGUAGCUCAGGCCAAAGGUUCUUGCUCAAGUUUGGAUGAGAGCUUUCCCAGGCUUGGUUUCUUAUUUAAAUGCGGCAUUGAUAUUAAUACUGAAAUGAGAUGCAGAUUCAUAAACAGUUAAUGAGUUGUAGAUACUUAUAUGCAAUGUUGCUACAUGAUACUGAUCGCGUGAAUCUGUUGAAACCACUAGCAUCGAUUCAGCAUCCCACUGCUAUUGUGGGGUAGUAUCCUUAGUUUUGUUGUUUCUUAUGUUAUUAUCUGUGCACAUCCUCUCUUCUUCCUCCCUUUCUCUCUCCUUCCCUGCCUCUCUUUCUCUCUCCCUCUCUUGCACUCUUUCUCUCUUCCUUGCUCUCUCUCUCCCUACCUGGCUUUCUUCCUCCCUUCCACUCUCCCUCUCUCCCUCCCUGCCUGUCAGUCAGGCUGGAGUCAGUACUGAAUAGACACAUUCUCCCCCUUCAGUUCCGCCUUCAUACCGACGACGCUGCGCAGUCGCCAUGGUGACGGGUUUUUAUUGCAAGACAUCCUCUUGCCGCGGCGUCACAUGCCCGUCAUCUCGCUCACCACCGCAGGUCACCUCCCGCUUCUCUCCGGCACGUUUUCAGCUCUAAUCCCGUGGCUUUUCGGCCGCUGCUGUGACUUCGUGUUUCUGAACGGUCAGCUUUCAUUGGCUGUCAGAUGGGCUCAAGAACCAUGAUGAGUGUAACUGUGACAUAUGCUCUGACUCAUGUCAUUCUGUACUGAAAUGUGCUAAGAGUCUGGAGGUACUUCCCAGGGCGGUUAUGCUAUCUCAUAAGAGUCAAUAGUAAUGGCCGUUUCUCCACUUAAGCUCGUGCUGGAAAUGUGUUCUCUGUUUGUUGACAGCGCUGUCCCUUGAAAUUAUGACCAUUUGAAUUUGUACAAAAAAAAGUUCACUUCAUGUGCCAUUAUCUUUGUAUUUACAACAGGAUAUAAAAAAAUCGGUCGAUUGCAUUAGUUUAAAUCAGUUGCCCAAGUUUUUGAGAUAUUUAAAUAAUACAGCAAACUUAAGUAGCCGAUGCUUAAUUAUGCUGUGAUUUGUGUUCAUCUCUGUUCAUCGCUCCUGUGGUCGUGUCGGUUGUCUCAGAUAGUGAGAGUCGAUGCUCCUGUUGACUAAUCCCAUGUAAAGAUGUACUGAACAGACCCUGCAUUGUCAGGCCAGGAGGAAGAUGGUGGCUCGUUGCUCAACUCGAUUCAUUAAAGCGAUUAAUUUAAUCCA